UCUUGCCUCGGCCUCUCAAGUAGCUGGGACUACAGGCAAUUGCCACAAGGCCCAGCUUUUUCUUGGUUGUAGUCGUCAUUGUUUGGCAGGCCCAGGCCAGAUUCGAACCGCCAGCUCUCAUGUAUGUGGUUGGCACCUUAGCUGCUUGAGCUACAGGAGCCACCAGCAUUGAUAUUUUCUUUCUUUUUUUUUUUUUUUUGAGACAGAACCUCAAGCUAUCACCCUGGGUAGAGUGCCGUGGCAUCACAGCUCACAACAACCUCCCAACUCCUGGGCUUAGGCAAUUCUCUUGCCUCAGCCUCCCGAGUAGCUGGGACUACAGGUGCCGCCACAACACCCGGCUAUUUUUUGUUGCGGUUUGGCUGGGGCCGGGUUUGAACCCACCAUCCUUGGUACAUGGGGCUGGCACCCUACCCACUGAGCCACAGGUGCCACCCAACUAUGAAUAGCUUUUACUUCCAAGGUUAGAAGGUUUAAAUCGUUACAUAUCCAAAGAUGUCUAAGAAAUCAGGGUUAUGUUAGACAUUCACUGGAAGACAAUGUUACAAAAUAAUAAUCCACUAAUCACACUAGUGUGUUCUAAACCUAAGGGCUAUCUCUACCUAAGGAUAUGACACCCACUUGUCUCCACUCUCCCUAAGAUUUUAAAGAAAUCUUUAUAGGGGCUUCUGCAGGUAGGGGAGUGAUGGCGGAAGAAUGGUGUGCGAAAAAUGUGAAAAGAAACUUGGUACUGUUACCACUCCAGAUACAUGGAAGAAUGGAGCUAGGAAUACCACAGAAAGUGGUAGAAGAAAGCUGAAUGAAAAUAAAGCCUUGACUUCGAAAAAAGCAAGAUUUGAUUCAUACGGAAAGAAUAAGUUCUCCACUUGCAGAAUCUGUAAAACUUCUGUACACCAACCAGGUUCUCAUUAUUGCCAGGGCUGUGCCUACAAAAAGGCUAUCUGCUCCAUGUGUGGAAAAAAGGUUUUAGAUACUAAAAACUACAAGCAAACAUCUGUCUAGACAUAUUGAUGAAGUUUCUGGAUUUCUAUGUGAUUUCACUUUUCUGCUUUGAAUUUUCAAGGCAUAACAUAGAUGUUCAACUUACAAAAUAACACGUUUUUAGACAAAUAAUUAAGUUUAAACCAGAAUGACUGGUAUUCAUUCUUUUGCUCUCAAGACUUUCUGAACAGCAGCAAUGUAACUAGUCUUCUGCCUUAA